AGGAGAGAAUAUCCUAUUUUCUGAUAGCCUAUGUUACCUCCAAGUAGGCUAUUAACGUCAGCCGAACGCUUAUCCAUUACUUUAACGUAAUUGACGAAAAUGUCUCCUAGCAAAAUCACUUCCUAAGUACUUCAGUACGUAGGUAGUCUGUAUGUAGGCUCCUUACCUUGUGUGUGCGUGUGUGUGCGUGCGUGUGUGUGUGUGUGUGUGUGUAGUGGAGGGGCGGUGCUGCCUCCGGCCCCCGUUAACAGAGAGGCUGGGAUUCUGGCCCCGGGGCGGAUACGGCAGCUCAAUCUUAACAAACAGCGCAAAACAGGGGGGUGGAGGGGAGACCAGAUUACAGGACUACAGAAAACAAACACUCACUUAAAGAGGGUGGACGACAGCUCUUAAGGUGAUUUUAAUCACGUUAUUUUUUCAUAACGCUGCUCAGCAGGGUCUCCUCCAACUCUCAGCGCGCUCGGCUCGGCGGCUUUGUGGACAGAAGAUGCCCGGGCGAUUCUUCCCACAGAUGUUCGGCUUGGCUGUGUGGUGGGCAUUUGUAAUCCAGUCUCCAAUCUCUUCCGCCAAUAUUGCCCACCGGGGACACGUGGACGCUGAUAAGAGACAGAAUUUUCUGGAGAGAACGCUGAUUUUACUGGACGUUAAUACGCGAACCCCGGUGCGGGUUUUGAAUGACAACUUCUUAUCACUGCAAGUGGACCCAUCUAUCCUGAAGAACGGCUGGCUCGACUUUUUAAGCUCCAAGCGGUUAGUGACUUUGGCUAGAGGACUUUCUCCAGCUUAUCUGAGGUUUGGGGGAAAGAGGACAGACUUUCUCCAGUUUCAUAACCUGAAGAAUUUGGCCAAGUUUAGAGGACCAGGACCAGACUAUUACCUCAAGAACUAUGAGGAUGACAUAGUGCGGAGUGACAUUGCUCUGGAUAAACAAAAGGGCUGUAAGCUGGCCAAUCACCCUGACAUGAUGCUGGAGCUGCAGAGGGAGAAAGCGGCUCAGAUGCAGCAAGUUCUGCUGAAGGAGCAGCUCUCCAACCACUACAGCGAUGUAACGAUAACAGCCAGGUCUUUAGACAAACUGUACAAUUUUGCUGACUGCGCCGGUCUGCACCUGAUCUUUGGGCUGAAUGCCCUCCAUCGGAAUCCUGACAACUCGUGGAAUGCAUCCAGUGCAUUGAGUUUGUUGAAGUACAGCGCUGGCAAGAAGUAUAACAUAUCCUGGGAGCUGGGAAAUGAGCCUAACAGCUACCGCACCAUGGUAGCUCGUUCAGUCAAUAGCAGUCGAUUGGCUCAGGACUACAUUAUGCUGAAGACACUGCUGCAGUCUGUCCGCUACUACAGCCGGGCCAAUCUCUAUGGGCCCAAUAUUGGCCGUCCACGAAAAAAUGCAAUCCUGCUACUGGAAGGGUUCAUGAAGAACGGUGGUUCUGUUGUUGAUGCAGUUACGUGGCAACAUUUUUAUAUUGAUCGGCGUGUGACUAAAGUAGAGGACUUUUUGAAGACACGUCUUCUGGACACACUGACAGGCCAGAUCACCAAGGUGUUAAAGAUUGUAAAGAAGCAUGCUCCUGAGAAGAGGGUGUGGUUGGGAGGAGUUGGUCCUGCGUGGGCUGGCGGCAUCAGCAAUUUGUCAGACACAUUUGCAGCUGGACUAUUGUGGCUAAACACUCUUGGCAUUUCUGCAAUGCAAGGAAUUGAUGUAGUACUUCGACACUCUUUUUUUGACUAUGGUUACAGCCAUCUAGUGGAUCAGCAAUUCAAUCCUCUACCUGAUUACUGGCUGUCUCUGCUCUUUAAGCGUUUGGUGGGUCCGAGGGUGCUGGCAGUGCAAGUUGCUGGGCUCCAAAGGAAGCCGCGUCCAGGCAAAGUGAUCCGAGACAAGUUACGCAUCUACGCACACUGUACAAGCUUUACCAAUCACAAUUAUGUCAGAGGCUCCAUAACAAUCUACAUCAUCAACUUGCAUCGGUCAAGAAAGAAAAUAAAGCUGGCUGGGACAUUACGAAAUAAAACAGUUCACCAAUACCUGUUACAACCCUUUGGAGCUGAUGGCCUUCAUUCAAAGUCUGUGCAGCUGAAUGGAGAACAUUUGGUCAUGUUAGACAGUGACACUUUCCCUGAGCUGAAACCACGGACACUCCGAGCAGGUCGAACAAUACUCAUGCCCCCAGUUUCCAUCGGCUUUUACGUCAUCAAGAAUAUCAACGCCGUUGCCUGUCGCAGAUAAUACAACAUUCAGAUUCUCUUCCAACUGAAAAUGAACUGCCCUUCAUGUAAGCAAGGGUUGCACUGAAUCCCUUUCAAAAAUAUCCCUUUUCUUCACUCUACAAGAACAACACUGUUUCUGAAAAAGCAUAGUUUUGUCCUCCUGUCUUUUCUGCAUACAGCUUUAACUUUGGUUUGUAGUGUUUCUUGUGUUUGGGGGGAUGUCAAGAAGACUGUAAUCAAAAAAUACAUGUCUCUAAUCAACCCAGUGCUCUGGUUUUGUUUGGUCUAAAUCUCUCAUUGUUAUUGGAAUGCUGGUCAUCCUUGUGGAUAAUCUAAUAAUAACUAAUAUUAACUAAAAAUGUAAACAAAGUAAUAAAAUAUUAGAACACAAGUUGUAAUACUAGAUGUAUGUUGUAGUAAAAAACAUUACAGUUCACUCCAUGAAAUAAAUACUCAUCCAUGGGCAAAUCCUCUUUUUUCAGUACACCAUACAAAUCCUGGUCACCUUAAGGUGUAUAUUUCUAAAAACAUAAAACUUUUAAUCUAUAAUAAUUAUUCCAGUUAUUUGAUAACAGUUCUGAGUAAUCAUCUUUUUUUUUUUCAAAUUGGAAACUGGACAUAGAGCCUGAACUACAAAUGUGACAGAAGUAAUUGUAUUUAAUGUCUGUUUAGCUCAGGAAAUGAGUAACAAUCUUUUCUCAUUUUAUUUAGUCCACUUAUUGCUUCCCUCACUUCAUACUGUGCAUUACUGGUUCUAUACCUGUGCAUGUUAUCCAAACAGACACACAUAUUGUACACUGCCAUAACACUGUAAGCCUUUUUCAUCUGAUUUCUUCAAUCUCAGGCUCGAUAAAAAUCUCUUUCCGAACUGUACUCAGCACUACCUUAUAGAGUAUAUUGUGUAAACAAAUGUACAGUCAAUCCCUUGUGCUGCUAGAUGUUUGGUGAAUAUUAAGCUUGAUGAAUAACAAUUUAUUUUUAACAGAUAUGAGCAUAAUUGUUCUGUGUACAUAUGUUUUUCAUAGAUGUAUUGGUGUGUGCUGUUUCUUUACAUAUAUUAUUUAUAGAAGUAUAUAUUUGUAUAUAUUUUAACCUGAUGAGGAGAAAAAUCAAAUAUUUUAGUUCAAUAAAUUGUUUAUCAUUUAUUUCACUUAUUUUGUUUUGAUUUGUUUUUCAUUUUCUAAAUCAUAUGAGCGUCCUUCACAAGCAGGGACUUCUAUUUAGCCAAGAAAUGCAAUUUUCGUAAUGAAUGCAAAGGUACAUACUGUUUCUAUAUAAUGCUUUUAAGUGAUAAAUUGUCUAAUUAUAAUGUUCAAAUUGAAGCUGAGACACUCCUGGAUAAUGGCUGCAAACAGUUUUGUAACUGGUUCAUAAGAGUCACAUAAGUUACAUGGGAACAUGGGUUACUUGUUAAACAUAUGAAGUGUAAUUUUUUUUACUGAUAACCUCAAGUUAUUUUCAUGUUGGUGUUUAAAUAAGCAUCUGUAAGAACUCUGUUGAUACAUAGCACAAAACAAAAGAGUUUGUCUUAAGGCAAAGUCAGUGCCUAAAGUUAUAAAAUAAAAACUUUUCUUCUAUGAAUAAGUUUACUAAUUAUUUGGAGUUGUUAAUAUUUUAUUCUUUUGCCAGAGCAGUGUUUUAUUUAAUUAAAUGUCUGUGUUUGAACAUUAUUUUGCCUAAAUA